AUGGUCAACGAAAGCGCGACUUCAGGGAAAGAACGUGGUCGUAUUCGCGAUGCAAAAGAGAUUUUCAUAUACAUGCACCGGAAUUUCCGUGUAUCGCGGAAUAUACGAGCUCAUUGGCUAUUCGACCAUCUCAAUAAGACUGUGAAGAUUGAGGACACGCCUGGAGAAGGAGAGUAUAGCAAUGAAAUGAGUGUCGUGGGAAUUAUUCCAGUAGAUGGUGAGCCUGACGAUUGCGUCCUCGGAGAGGAAUUCAGAGUCUGUCUAACUACUAAAAUUACUUACAUAUCACGCUACUACCGUCACGUAUUCGUUCUCGAUCUCAGCCCGUCGACUAUCGUUGCGGAUGAAGAAAGUAACUGUUGUUUACAUACAAAACUUUUGGAAUGCUUACGACUCAGCAUGGCUUCUGUCAGCAAGAGUGUGCUUGUACAGGGAAUAUUGCUGACUGAAAGUAAUAUAAACAGUGUUCUCCACACGGUUACACAGAAGUUCAAUGAUUUGUUGAAUAGUUUAUACGUUUACUCAAAAGGAAUUCUACAAAAAUGGGCAACAUUGAGACGAAGGCACAGAAAUAAGUUUGACUCGGCUUGUGGUGAUAUUGAGUGCAUAGGAGCGUACGAAUCUGCAAGAUCAUCGAUUUGUAAACGAUGGCUCACCCAACAAGGUAAGAUCACACUUGUACACCAUGUUGUAAAUAGUGCCCCACCAAAGCCUGCUCCUUCUUAUCCUAGAAGCAUCAUGGACUACGUUAAAGGAGUUUGGACCGUAAGCUCUGCUGAAGAUGAGAACACAACACGAAAUCCUCUCUGUGACGGAUACAUACAUCCAGAAUGGGCUCUGAUUUUCAUGUUGCGGCUAGGUCUUAUUGCCGUACAAAUGAUGCAUGAGAAUACACAAUCGAACAUCAUUGUUAUUACUGAUGCAGUGUGUGGCAUGCCGGAUGCGAAUGCUCUACAACAGCUUUUGAGCCAGCUGCGGAGCUACACGGUUUCAUGCUCUUUUAUUCAGUUACAAGGCCGAUCUCGAAAUGAGGCGUGUUUUGGUCAUGUGGCAUCGUGUGAACUGUUUCAUUUCCUCGCGAUGGCGACCUUUGGUGUGUACAUUCCGAACUGCCGUUGCGCGAUCGGAGUGGACAUGAAUGAGAUCCAUGAACCACUGGUUUGCUCUGAAGAUGAAGAAGAAGUUGAUGAGGAACGAGUACAAGCCUUUGAAUCCGUUUCACAGGUAAGCAGCGGAGUUUUUCAUGCUUCGAAGGAUGUUGUGCAAGGUGUCACAGCUGGCCGAUACUGUAUAACGCUCCAAAAUCGUAGGAAUGUUGGAUCUUAUCUGGGAAUGAACUUCAUCACGUUUUCAAAGUUCAGGGCUCUGCUUUGCUGGUGCUUCCAAAAUGCUCUCCAGGAUAAUGUUCACAUAACCAAUCUUGUAAACGAAAUCAAUCCCGAAUUUGCGCAGUUGUACAAAAAUGAUGUGGUGAGGCAUCGUUAUAUUCGUUCAAUAUAUCGAAGUGCAUUGCACGAGAUCUUGUACAUUCGUCUAAGAGAAGGAUUCACAUUGAAGCAAGGGAAGAUGUAA